AUAAGGAGAUCUGUCACUCCCUCGGCCAGUAACAUGCUGAAGAUGGUGUGGAGUGAGAAAGCUGCCAAGAAUGCUCAGAAAUGGGCAAAGAAGUGUGAGAUGAGAAUCAGCCCAAAAGAGAUGAGGACCAUUAAUGGUGCCACAUGUGGUGAGAAUGUAUUGCUAUCAGCUAACCCAAAAACAUGGACUGAAGCAAUUCAAGUCUGGUACAGCCAGUCCUCCAACUUUAAGUAUGGCUAUGGAUCAACUGCCAAAAACAGCAACAUUGAGAACUACACUCAGCUCAUCUGGUACAACAGUUAUCAGAUAGGAUGUGCGGUUGCCUACUGCCCUACGAACCGCUUCAGCUACUUCUACGUUUGCCAAUACUGUCCCUCAGGAAAUAAUGCAAUGCAAAUAGCUACACCUUACAAAAGUGGACCAAAAUGUGGAGACUGUCCUGGUCACUGCGAGAGAGGGCUGUGCACCAACCCCUGCAAGUACCAAGACCAGUAUGCAAACUGCAAUAACAUGAAGGACUUGUUUGGCUGCAGCUACUCACUGGUGAAGGACAAGUGUCGUGCUACUUGUAAAUGCACUACUCAGAUCAUCUAAAGUCCUGUCCUAGUGGAUGCUAUCCUGCCUGCUGUGAGACUCACUUGCUAGGGAUGAGCAGGACUCCCUGUGAAGUGUACUGAAUCUCAGUGCAUGGGCUCAGGUUCACCUACGGGUAACAGUCGUUUCUGAAAUCUCACCAUCGCUUCAGUCCUAACCAAGGCUGGCAGCUCACAAAAACCUCUGAGGUUACUUUAGGCUCUGCAGAAAUCAUGCCUGAAUCUAUCAGCAUUACUUUGUGGCUUUCCUUGCAGUGGAUCUUCCACCGAUUCCUCUCUUCUUGAAUGGGGAACACAUUUUAAGCGCUUUGGCCUUUUUGCAGAACAGCUUCAAUGCCACUUAACUUUCUUCUGUUACUUUUUCUGUGCUCAUCAGCACACUGCAUUCCUGUUAAAUAAAUACAUGAGCUACCACUGGUUCACAAACAGACCUCUUCACUGAAGUUAUUGAGAAGCCUUUCUUUUUCAUUUGGAAGAUUCCUUAGGAAUGUUUCCAGGCUCUUUCAUGCUUUGUGUGAGUGGGGAUGAGCCAGGAAAAGAAAGACAAAGCAAAAAGUGAUGUUUUUUUCCCCUGGAUGGCCAAAAUAAAAAGCACACACUGAAU